GAAAACAGAGUCUGGCUUCCAGUAGCGCCUGAGCAACUUCCGGUCGCGAGCGAGUAUCGCGCACGUGCAAUCAUCGUAUCAGACAUUUCAAACGACCAAGAGCGUUGUUUUACUUUGCUAUGGAUACUCAAGCUGAUUUCUUUCACCGGACGUUACCAAAAGUGGAGCUUCAUGCUCAUCUCAACGGUUCCGUCAGCUCCCAAACCAUCGAUAAGCUCAUCAGGCGAAAACCGCACCUCAACAUUGAACGCAGCAUGACGGCCAUCGGCAAAGGGCAGCGGAGGACACUGGAGGAGUGUUUCCAGGUCUUCAAGGUGAUCCAUCAGCUGGUGGACACAGAGGAGGACAUCCUGAUGGUUACUACAGAUGUUAUCAGAGAGUUUGCUGCAGAUGGCGUCAAGUAUUUAGAGCUGAGAAGUACACCCAGGGAGGAGACAAACACAGGUUUGACAAAGAAGGGAUAUGUUGAAACUGUGGUCAAAGCCAUCCAGCUGUGUAAAAAUGAAGGCUUGGAUAUUGAUGUCAGGUGUUUGAUGGCGAUUGACCGCAGGAACGGGGCUCAGGUUGCCAUGGAGACGGUGAAGCUGGCCGAGGAGUUCCUGCUGUCCUCAGACGGUUCAGUGGUUGGACUUGACUUGAGUGGAGAUCCAAAGGUGGGACAUGGCAAGGAUCUACUUCCAGCUUUACAGAGGGGCAGAAACUCGGGACUAAAGUUGUCACUGCACCUCUCAGAAAUACCAUCCCAGCUGGAGGAGUCAGAUUUGCUGUUGAACCUUCCUCCGGACAGGAUCGGUCACGGCACCUUUUUACAUCCUGAAGUGGGUGGAUCUCAAAGCCUUGUCGACAAAGUGCUAAAGAACAACAUCCCACUUGAGUUAUGUUUGACAUCGAAUGUUAAAGGACAAACUGUGCCGUGCUAUUCCCAACAUCACUUCAAAUACUGGUACCAGUUGGGACAUCCUAUUGUGAUUUGUACUGAUGAUAAGGGGGUCUUCUGUACAGACCUGUCUCAGGAAUAUCAACUAGUAUCAUCCACAUUUGGUCUCAGUCAUGAAGAUCUAUGGAAUCUCUCUGAGCAGGCUAUAGACUGUACCUUUGCACCCGAGACUAUAAAACAGCAACUCAAACAGAAGUGGACUGAUUUAAAACCUCGGCUAUUUCCAGCGGCAUCUUAAAUUUAAAGCCAAACAUCAGGUUGUAGUUAAUUAAAAAACUGUUUUAGACAUGGAAACCAAAAAUACUGAAGCUGGAAUACGUAAGUAAAUAUUAGGUGCAAGAAUAACGUGUUAUGUUGUGCUUGUACAACAAAUCAUAACCACAUGUGUUAAGAGUGUGUUUAGAGAGAGUUGAAUUUAAAAAAAAUAAUAUCCAGUCUUUCAGUGUUCUCCAGCAUAAGUCCAUCUGAGAUAUCUGGAGCAGCAGCACUCUUCACCAUCACGCCUUCUUUCCAAACUU